AGAGAUUCUCCCAAUCGCCGAAGAUCCGCCCUAUAAAAUACAAGGGGAGGAGGAGGGGUAGGGAGAGCCCCAAAAAGGCCGGCCAACUAAACCCUGUCAACAUUUUACCUGAGGGAUAGGGACUAGGAGCCCCCACACACACACACACAGACACAGACACAGACAGCCUGUUGUAUGUAUGAGCUGCCCACAGCAAGUUUGAACUUCUUGCCUCCGGUAGUGCUCCCGCUCCCAGGCCCCCACAUCCCUCCUCAGAUCCCCAACUCCAGAGGUGACGGAUGGAUUCUGAUGCCAGUCUGAUAUCGAGCCAGCCGUCGUCCCCGGAUCUGUUCCUGUCGGACGAGCCGACCUCGGGCUUCUCGGGCACGGUCUCCUCCACGCAGAGCGAGUGCGGCCGAGGGGCGCAAGGCCGGCCCAGGGAGCCGCUUCGGGCCAAGGACAAGAAGCAGAUGAGCGAGUCCGAGCUGCAGCAGCUCCGGCUGAAGAUCAACAGCCGGGAGCGCAAGAGGAUGCACGACCUGAACAUCGCCAUGGACGGUCUCCGGGAGGUCAUGCCGUACGCCCACGGCCCCUCGGUGCGGAAACUCUCCAAAAUCGCCACGCUGCUGCUGGCCAGGAACUACAUCCUGAUGCUGACCAGCUCCCUGGAGGAGAUGAAGCGGCUGCUGGGCGAGAUCUACGGCGGCGGUCACCACAGCAGCUUCCACCCGUCCCCAGCUUGCCAAGCCGGCCCGGCUCUGCCGCCUUCCCACGGCCCUCACCCUCUCCCGCACCCGGCUAUGGUCCCGGCCGUCAGCUCGGCCCCUCUAGCCGGGGCUAGCCUAUCCCCUGCCGUCGCCGCCGGCGUCCGCGGCCCGGGCAGCCUCCUGAAGACGGCGGGAGCUGCCGCCUCGGGUUUCCAGCAGUGGGCUGGCAUGCCGUGCCCGUGCACAAUGUGCCAGGUUCCGCCGCCUCCCCAUGUGCCCAGCGCUGGCAUGACCCGGCUACCCUCAGACAGCAAGUGAAGCAGAGGAAGUGAAGGAACUGGACUCCUCCAGCCGCUGCCAGCCAAGGUGAGAAUGGAACAGCUUGGCUGCUCUUCCCCCACCACCUUUGUGGUGAUCUUGUCCCUUUUUAUUAUCUGGUGUCCUUAUGUAUCUGUGUGAAAGUUGCAGUAACCCUUUUUUUCCCCCCACCGGACCCACACCCACCCCCUCUCUCGCUUAUUUAACUCGCAAACGGGUCAAGAAAUGUAACACGACCUUUCCCUUCCCCUCUUUGGGGGCAACUGGAUGUAUCAUUGCAACAGGAGACACGGGGGGAAAAAGGGAUACUGCAGCCUGCUAGCAGGUGAAUUUCACUGCACACUGAGCCGCCGGCAAAAUCCCGAGCAUGGCUCCCCGGAGUCGGGAAUGUUUUACCACGCACUCCGCUCUGGCCCGUGCUAGUGGGACAUUACAUGAAAUGUCCAUGUAGGAAAGACUUCGCUAUUCCGAUCGCGAACCAGAAAGAAGGAAAGAGGCGAUGAGUUUACAAAGAACAAUUCUGCGCGAAAGACGCUGGUCUGACCAACCCCAAGGAGUCGUUUGUGGGAGUUGAUGUAAAGACGUGUUUUCGCUCGGUACAGAAAUGUGUGCAACAUUGAAUCAGUUUGGGGGUGUGGGGGGGAGGGGGUGUGGGGACUGUCCUUGGAAUAAUUCAGCCCUGAACCGACAAAGACAAAUUUGUAUUCUUUCUUGUAAAAAUAGCUGCUCACCUUAAUGAAACAAAGGUAGUUGGAGUGUGAUACUACCAUUAUAAAGUACUUUGCCGUUCCCUGAGUUUUGUGAAAAUAUCUGUGUUUCGUUGGUUUUGGCUGAUUUCAUGCAAACGUUUUCUGUGUUUUUUUAUAUUGGUUUCCCUGCAACUCCUGAGUGUCGGUAACUGUCUAACUCGCUUCAACUCACUGUAACACCUGUCCUGCGCUUCACCACUCCGGAUACAGCGUGACAUUUCGUUUUUCUUCCGAUCAGCCUCCCGUAACAUCCUACCGAAACAAUCUUUUGUUUCUCAUCCGCGAGAGAGAAAAAAAAUUAUAAAGCAAAAAGUGUUUUCCAUCUGUUUAUUUUUGUAAGGAAAUGUGCUAAAUGAUAUUUAUUAUUCCGUUGAAAGACAAAAUAAGUGUGAUCAAGUAACUGUCGAGAUUUUAAAAUUAAAUAAAAAAAAUACGCAAUGUGCUUGUUUGGAUGUAAAGUUUGAGGGGGUGGGGACUGUGUUGGUUUAGUUAUUGAACACUUACAGGAGAAUGACCUGAACCUCCCAUCUAUACACUUUUAAAAAGCAUAACCUCGUACUCGCUCCAAGGUGACAAUCGGUUUGUGAGUGAGUGUUAUCUAAGUAAUAUUGUAUAAUUCUUUAUUAUUCAGACAAGCUUGGGGUGAGGGAAGGGGGAGAGUAUUGGGGAAACCGUACCGGUUCUAUUGUACGUUCAACUCGUUCUCUAGUAUUACGUUAUAACUACACAUGGCACGACAAAUGGCAACACUUUAAACAGGCCGGAAUCACUCAUCCCUCGCCGCUUUAAUUCCCGUUGUAGCGCCCAAAAUGUUUCAUUCCUGCACCUCUCUUCCCAGGCUGGGUCUGCGGUUAUUGGAGUCAUUUCAUACACUCCAUUCAUGUGACCCGAUGGAC